GGGGUCUAAGUGAAAUUACUCCUGUUUGUAGCUAACUGAAGCGUGGGAGCACCUGAGAGAGGGAGAGAGCUCAUCAAUUAUCAUCGAGAUCAUCUCAUCAGGGAAAUGGCCGCCAUCUUAGCUCGCAAGUCGAUCUCCGCUAUCCGUAAUCGACAGCUUAUUGUCACAGGACAAGCAUUGCAUGCCCAUAACACUGGAACAAUUUCUGGCGCACGCUCAUUUGCAACCAAACACUCAUUUUCAACUGAUAAAGAUGAUGAAGAAAGAGAAAAGCUUGCAAGAGAAAUAUCAAAAGACUGGAGUUCUGUGUUUGAAAGGAGCAUUAAUACGUUGUUUCUAACUGAAUUGGUUCGAGGUCUCUCUCUGACACUCAAAUACUUCUUUGAGCCAAAAGUUACUAUCAAUUAUCCAUUUGAGAAAGGUCCAUUAAGCCCUCGUUUUCGAGGAGAACAUGCCCUCAGACGUUAUCCAACAGGAGAGGAGCGUUGUAUUGCUUGUAAACUUUGUGAAGCUAUAUGCCCUGCUCAAGCUAUCACCAUAGAAGCAGAGGAACGAGAAGAUGGAAGCCGCAGAACAACAAGGUAUGAUAUUGAUAUGACAAAAUGUAUAUACUGUGGAUUCUGCCAAGAAGCAUGUCCUGUUGAUGCGAUUGUAGAGGGGCCCAACUUUGAGUUUGCUACAGAAACACAUGAGGAACUUUUGUAUGAUAAGGAGAAGCUUCUAGAAAAUGGGGAUAGAUGGGAAACUGAGAUUGCUGAGAAUCUUAGAUCCGAGAGCCUUUAUCGGUAAAAUGGUUUUUGGUUCAUAAAUCAUAUCAUAAUCUUGAAUCUCUUUUGUUUUGGUUUUGGGACGAUGAGAUGAAUAAAGUGAUGGGUGUUUUGUUGUGAAAUCAUAUCAUAUGCACUUGUUUUUUUUUUUUAUCGAUUAUUCGAUGGAAAUUGAUGUAUUCUUUUUAUAACGUGAAAAUGUAAGCUGGAUUUGUUUUA